CGUCAUGGCUGUGUUGGCGUCAGUUCCGGCUGGGCCUGCCGCGAAGAUGGCGGCCGCCAGCCCCGAUCCGCCGCCGUUAAACGGCCCGGAGGAGCUGAUGGAGCCGCCCGGUGAGGAGGCUGAGGGCCUCAGCGUCUCAGAGGAGGUCUGGAACAUCAAGCAGAUGAUCAAGCUAACUCAGGAGCAUAUUGAAGCCCUGUUGGACAAGUUCGGGGGGGACCAUAAUCCACCCUCUAUCUACCUGGAGGCUUAUGAAGAGUACACAAGCAAGCUGGAUGCCCUGCAACAGCGUGAACAGCAAUUGUUGGAGUCCAUGGGGAAUGGUACAGAGUUCCCAAAUAGUAAUCCCACUCUGACGGAGCUGAUGGAGCCCUGCACCCACCUCACUGUCGCUCAGAACUCUCCGAGCCUGUUACAGAACCCGAGCGACAGUUUGAGGGCCAACCCCAAAUCUCCUCAGAAACCCAUUGUUCGAGUCUUCCUGCCCAACAAACAGAGGACUGUGGUGAGUAAAAACAGUGAAGGGACCACUGGACCCAUUGAAUGUGUAGGUCCUUGGCAACUGAUACCAAAAAAAGGCGAAAUCAGGCCCAUUCAGGUGUGGGCUUAUAUUAAAGUAUCAAUUGGGUUGGCUUCUCCUGGUACUGAUACGGAGAAGAAGCCCAUUGGCUGGGACACAGACAUGUCCUGGUUAACUGGAGAAGAACUACAGGUGGAGGUGCUGGAACAUGUUCCACUGACCACGCAUAACUUUGUUCGAAAGACAUUUUUCACUCUGGCGUUCUGUGACUUUUGCCGAAAGCUUCUGUUCCAGGGUUUUCGUUGUCAGACGUGUGGAUACAAGUUCCACCAACGUUGUAGCACUGAGGUUCCUCUCAUGUGUGUCAACAUUGACCAGCUAGAUCUGCUCAUUCUUUCCCGAAUCUAUGAAAACCAUCCCAUUACGCAAGACGAUGUAUCGUCUGGAACAACGCCACCGGGUUUGGGGAUGUAUCCUUCAGUUCCACCAUCCGAUUCCACAGGGUCCCUAACUCACUCCACUGCCUCUCCAACAAAAUCGAUUCCAAUCCCACAGCCUUUCAGACCCAGUGAGGAAGAGCAACGCAAUCAGUUUGGGCAACGUGACCGUUCAUCCUCUGCACCAAACGUACACCUCAACACCAUUGAGCAGGUCAAUAUUGAUGGUCUGAUCCGUGAUCAAGGUCUACCACGCAGUGAUGGAGGGUCCACAUCGGGCCUGUCCGCCACCCCGCCUGCUUCGCUGCCUGGUUCUCUGAGUUGUGUCAAAACGUUGCAGAAAUCACCCGGUAGUCAGCCACGAGAGAGGAAAUCGUCAUCCUCAUCAUCCGAAGACCGCAAUAAGAUGAAAACUCUGGGUCGAAGGGACUCCAGUGACGACUGGGAAAUUUCAGAAGGACAGAUCACAUUGGGUCAAAGGAUAGGAUCAGGCUCGUUUGGAACAGUGUACAAGGGAAAGUGGCAUGGGGAUGUUGCAGUGAAGAUGCUGAAUGUUACAGCUCCGACGCCUCAACAGCUACAAGCCUUUAAGAAUGAAGUAGGAGUCCUCAGAAAAACCCGGCAUGUGAACAUCCUCCUGUUUAUGGGUUACACCACAAAGCCUCAGCUUGCCAUCGUGACGCAGUGGUGUGAGGGUUCCAGUCUGUAUCACCACCUUCACAUCAUCGAGACCAAGUUUGAGAUGAUCAAGCUCAUCGACAUUGCCCGCCAGACUGCCCAAGGCAUGGACUACCUACAUGCGAAGUCCAUUAUCCACAGAGACCUGAAGAGUAAUAAUAUUUUUCUACAUGAAGACCUGACUGUGAAGAUUGGAGACUUUGGCUUGGCAACAGUAAAGUCACGGUGGAGUGGCUCCCAUCAGUUUGAGCAGUUGUCUGGUUCUAUCCUGUGGAUGGCGCCUGAGGUGAUCCGAAUGCAAGAUAAGAACCCCUACAGUUUUCAGUCCGAUGUCUACGCGUUUGGGGUGGUUCUCUAUGAGUUGAUGAGCGGACAGUUACCCUACUCCAAUAUCAAUAACCGAGAUCAGAUAAUCUUCAUGGUUGGCCGAGGUUAUCUGACCCCUGACCUCAGUAAGGUGCGCAAUAACUGUCCAAAGGCAAUGAAGAGGUUAAUGGCAGAUUGUCUGAAGAAGAAACGUGAUGAGCGCCCUCUGUUCCCUCAGAUCCUUGCCUCGAUUGAGCUGCUGGCCAGGUCCUUGCCAAAGAUUCAUCGCAGUGCGUCGGAGCCCUCACUCAAUCGGGCCGGUUUCCAAACUGAGGACUUCAGUCUGUAUACGUGUGCUUCCCCAAAGACACCCAUUCAGGCUGGAGGAUACGCCGGUGAGUUUACUGCAUUCAAAUAGAUGGGGACACCUUACCACCCACCAGAGCAGGUGUUUGCUGUCACGUCUCGUGUCCUCCCAGUUGUUCCGGGGUUUAAACCUGCAAACAGAAACUACAGCUGUUGACUGAGCUGCCGUUUGUAUCAUUUUCAAGACAGACUCUGCCAACUGAUUUCUGCAAAGCUGUAGCUCUGAAACUGCCUGAUGCGCAAAUGUGAGUUGCCCCAGAGCCAGCUGUAGCUGUUUGUCUCCCUGAACGAAGAGGAAGGAGGAAACAGCUUUUCUGGAUACUGUUUGCAGUUACUGGGGAGAGGGACAGUGGCCAGGCGUGAAGAGGAAUCUUUGAUAAUCAAGGGACCAUGGGGUGGUUGGGCUGCAACAAUGUUGUAUCACCUGCACUGUGCGAUUGUCUCCCUGCCCCAGAUUGGGUUGUGCAAUAACCGUGAUUGAAGAGCAGGAGAGGCCCUGUUACAAUCGAGCAGGAAAUGUUGUGAAACGGCUGCAGUGGCCGCUGUCCCUUGCUCACCCCUACACUGAGGCACAGAGACACUUUUAUUUAUGUAUAUUCUAUAAUUUAUUCAUUCUUUCCUGUGAGAGGUCAGCACACUCUUCCUGCCACCACACAGCCCACCCCCCCCCUACUCCUGGUGCUCCCAUUCUCCAGCUGAUGCUUUUUGUCUCGGGUAAUCUAUUGGUUUCUGCGUCCAGGAAGAGGGAGCAGACAGUGGGUUCUCACUGUUCCCCUGUAGAAGAUCCCCCAAAAUGACCAUUACUUCCCUUCUCUGCUGCUCAGUUCCCACUGGGUGAAAAUAGGUUGCAUUUUUAGCCCUUGUCCUCCACCAGGUUAUGGGGCGAGUGUGUGAUCCUUGGCCCUUGCUGUGAGACGGCUUUUUAAAUGCAGACCAUAGAGCCGGCCGUUGCUUUCUUGCUCCAGCUAAGACUGUGCAUCUGCUCCAGGCCAAGCGGCUCUCCCGCACUAGGAAGAAAUAAAGGGCUCAGGGAAUCCGAUGUUGGAUUCUGAAGGGCAUCGUGGAGUUGUCGGAACAUUGAGUAUUGGACUUGACUGUGAUGCCAUCUGUUGUGGACUAGCUUGCAGUCACAGGAGGUCAUCAGACUUGAACAAUAGCUCUUCAACAAAGAUUCAGAUAUUGAAAUGAAACGAAGGAGCACACUAAGUUAGAAGCUUUGCAAGGGAAAAUACUCCUGCACAACUAUGUUAAUCACCAGCCUGGGUCUUUGGCUGCUAUUUCAUACCAGUCAGGAGCACAAUUAGGUUAUUCUAACAUGCUACAGUAAAAUCAGGACUGAUCUCUGUGCCCUCCAUUUUCCUGCCAGUCACCCCAGACCCUCAUCCAGGGGAAGGGACAAUGAGGGGCUUGGAGAUUGAACAUUAAAAUUCUAGUUGAAAUCCACUACAUGCCUAACCGAUACUUGUACAUUUCAGUUCUAUCACAUGGGUUGUUUCUAGAAAUAGCUAACUGUGGAGGUCAGUCUGUUAAGAUAGGGCUAUAUUUGUAUCAGCAACAACUCUGGCUACAAACACAAAUUAAGGGACAGAUUACUUACAGAGACUCAAUGAGGCCCUAGUAAUCUCUGUCAGUGAAUGCUAUGGCAGUCCACUGGUCAUUUAAUUACCCAACCUGAAAAUUACCAUUGACUGUUGGAUCAAUCUUCUGUUUAUAAAUUUAUAAUACUCAGGCACUUCAGACUAGACAUAGCCUUGUUGGGCCCAGUUCUAGAUGGAUCUAGUCCCUCAGUAACAGUCUUCACUAAGUUGGAUCUAAUGCUUCAAUUUACCAUUUAAACAGCAACCCCUGCAUUGGCUCUCAGUACAAUGUAAAGACAGCCCAGCUUUAGUUAUCACCAUCUUGUGCUUUUCCUUGUUACAGAUCUUACCAGAGCCAGCAAGUGCUAGUGCCAUUCACACUGAAAGGAAGUGGGUUCUAUUGCGCAGUGUUAUUGCCAAGAGGUUACAAGCACCAGUCAUGAGCAUUUAGCUCUGUAGUUGGCUGGGUUCUGUCCACAGCUGCAUAGGCAGCUUCCAGCUAGCACUGCCAGCAAACUGUAGCCACAAACAUCACACUUGGUAUCUCCAUGCUGCAGUACAGCUACUAAGCGUUGGUCAGUCCAUCUCUGCAUCAGACCCUGUUUAAGGUAACACCCCGCCCCCCCCCAAAAAAAAGUGAUAGUUGGGGUUAGGCGCACCUUCUGGGGUUUUGCUGCUAUGAUUCAAUUAGAAGCUAAACUUCAUGACUGCUUUUUAAAAAUGUUUAUGUACAAGAUUAAAGUAAUCCCUGUGCAAUAACGCUCAAAAUGUGAAUCAGUUGGCUUUUGGAGACAUCGCUGCCACUACUGGGGCGUGGACAGGGCAGAGUGUCACUUUCUGCUGCUGUGGCCCAGUCCAUUGGUGAGACUACAGCUGAGAGAGCUUGAAAGAACGUCUGCCUGAAAUAAGGCGGCUACACCUGGAGUCGCAGCAUGAGCGGCUGUGGGUUGGAGUAUGGAAGCCAGGGAUUGCAAUGGCAAAAAUAAACUCUUGCAGUGUACGUUUUAAACUUAUUCCUUCCCCUCCAGGAAGGGGCACAGGUACAGAGGGCAGAGGGAGCUGACCCAACUUAUACAUUACCAGCUUUUGCAACGAGCUAGCCACUUAUCCCCUACAUAGCCCUGCAAUCUUUUUCUUUGGUACAGUCCUUGCCAACUGGAUCCUUUACACAUGACCUUUGACAAAAUUCCUAUCUCAGAGAAUUACCAAAAAAAAACUUAAUUUAGAAGGAGCUGAUUCCAGUGCCAUACCCAACCGCUGGCACUUCUGAAGGUGCGGCAGGCUCCUAAAAGAGGGGGAAUAAAAAUAGGUCAAGGUCCUGCUUUCAUGUCUGUUCUAAGAUUAGAGCAAGGAUUGCUUCUCUCAGUCAAAAAAUCAGCUUCAUCUUGGAUCAGUGUAAAGACUAAAUGUACUGUCAUUGCAUUCUGCUCCCUCCCCCAGUACCUUCAAUUCUCACCUGUAAAUUUGUACAAUGGAAUAUAUUGUCAGUUUGCUAUAGAGCAUGGAUACAAAAUUUUGAUAGAUAAUUCAAAAACCUUAUUGUGUAAAGUUAUUUAAAAGACUGUAUUAUAAAAGUUCUAUGUAUGUGAAUAUUGGAAACACUAUAAUAAAGGACCUGCAUGGACUCUGCACUGUCUUCAGGCCUGUUGGCCAGUCCAUGUUACUCUCUACUCUG